UUCUACGAUCAUGGAGGGAGGAUGUUGACGAGCAAACCAGCUCCAAACUUUCCUCAUGAAUUCUCCUAUAAUCAAUAUUCAAUAAUCUAGCUCUGGUAAUGACGACGAUUAACUUUUAUCGUUGUGUAAACUCGGUUCAUGGCAAGGCGUGAUAGUGUUUUACUGUGAUCUUUCGGAGGCUCUUAGAUACAACGGGUGCCAGAUCCUCUGCCAUGAAAUCCUCCUAAGGAAUUGACAUGUGUAGGUAAAAUGGCCGCUGAACUGUUUCCUAUCAAAAAGACGCCGGUUGUCACAACCCCCACCACUGGCACGGCUUUACAACAGUACCAACAGCAAAACUUCCGCAACAAUAACACUAUCCAGGGAUGUAACUGGCAAGGCUUGUAUCCAAGUAUCAGAGAAAGAAACGGAGUCAUGUUCAACAACGAGCUGAUGGCCGACAUUCAUUUUGUGGUGGGGCCCCCAGGAGGAACCCAGAGGGUCCCGGGACACAAGUAUGUUCUAGCAGUCGGCAGUUCUGUUUUUCAUGCUAUGUUCUAUGGAGACCUGGCUGAAGAUAAAGAGGAGAUCCGGAUCCCUGACGUGGAACCAGCCUCGUUCCUGGCCAUGCUAAAGUAUAUUUACUGUGAUGAGAUUGACCUGUGUGCCGACACCGUACUCGCCACCCUAUACGCCGCCAAAAAGUACAUCGUUCCCCACUUGGCCCGUGCCUGCGUCAGUUUCCUUGAGACCAGCCUGAGCGCCCGAAACGCCUGUGUCCUGCUGUCUCAAAGCUGCCUGUUCGAGGAGCCUGAUCUCACUCAGCGCUGUUGGGAAGUCAUCGAUGCCCAGGCGGAACUCUCCCUCCGCUCGGAAGGAUUCUGCGACAUCGACGCACAGACUUUAGAGAGCAUCCUGCGGCGAGAGACGCUCAACGCCAAAGAGAUGGUGGUGUUUGAAGCCACCCUGAACUGGGCGGAGGCAGAAUGUCACAGACAGGACCUCCAGCCAACUAUAGAGAACAAACGUCUUGUUUUGGGCAAGGCGAUCUACUUGAUUCGGAUCCCGGCGAUGGUGCUUGACGAUUUUGCGAAUGGCGUGGCACAAUCCGGCGUGCUGACGCUCACCGAGACCAAUGAUAUUUUCCUGUGGUACACGGCGGCCAAAAAGCCUGAGCUGAAGUUCGUGUGCAAACCGCGAAAGGGCUUGACGCCGCAGCGGUGCCACCGAUUUCAGUCAUGUGCGUACCGUAGCAAUCAGUGGAGGUAUCGCGGGCGCUGCGACAGCAUCCAGUUCGCGGUGGACAAGCGCGUCUUCAUCGCCGGAUUCGGGUUGUACGGUUCAAGCUGCGGCUCGGCAGAGUACCAGGCUAAGAUCGAGCUGAAACGUCAGGGCGUUACGCUUGGGGUCGCCAUUAUCAAAUACUUCUCCGAUGGCUCCAGCAACACGUUCCCUGUGUUCUUUGAGUACCCGGUGCAGAUCGAACCCGACACGUUCUACACGGCAAGCGUGAUUCUGGACGGCAAUGAGUUGAGUUAUUUCGGCCAGGAGGGGAUGACGGAGGUCCAGUGUGGGAAGGUGACCUUCCAAUUUCAGUGCUCGUCGGACAGUACCAACGGCACGGGCGUGCAGGGGGGCCAGAUCCCUGAACUGAUAUUUUACGCCUGAGAGAAACCUGUUCGCAGCGGAGCUUAAUCAGACGCAAACGUUUUUUUGUUCUUUUACAAAGUGCUGCUCACAUUCACGGAGAAUACAAAAAGAGAGAAUUUAAUACACUGACAAUCGAUAAUAGACUAUCAGAAGUUUUUGAGUCUAGCUUUCAAAAUCUUUUGUGCACAUGCAGACGUUCAUACAUGUUGUGAUGACGUUUGAUCUUCAACAUCAGAUCUAAUGUGCAUGAGAGAAUGAGAUUUAAGAACUAUGACAGAAGACUUGAUUUUUAGCGAAUAACAACUGUGUUUAUAUCACCAAAAGCUGUUGUAGACUAAACAAACAUUUUGGAACGUCAUGCACAAAAUGUAUGACUACUUUUAUGAGGGCGUGUAAAAGACCUUUAAGAGCAGAAAUUAUAAUCCAUAUAUUUUACAGGACAGAUAUGCCUCCAUCUUAAAAUAAAAUUAUUUUGUCACGACUAUCAGCACUGGUAACACUAAAGGACUGCAGACACAGAGACUCAAUUCAAGUGAGACUCAAUUCAAGUGAACAAUCAUACUGUGGUCUGACUAAAAGACACUCACUUGAUCUGUUAUAUAGAGAAUCCCAUUUGUAUCACCCUUGUGUAUGAAAUUAAUUUUAUUAAACUUAAGUUUUUGUAUACA